GGUGGUCGGUACCCGGCGGCAGCCCCGCUGAUCCCCUGCCGGCCGGUGUUCGUGUCCUCCGGUGAAGAUGUCAGUCUCCGGGAUGAAGAAGCAGCUCCACAAAGCCAGCCAGCUGCUGAACGAGAGGCUGAUGGGAGCUGAAGGAACAAAGAUGGACAAAGACUUCCUGAAGAUGGAGAAGAGUGUCGCCGUCCUCCACUCUCUGCUGGACGAGCUGCUGUCCAAAACAACCGAGUUCCUCCAACCAAACCCAGCCUACAGAGCGAAACUGAGCAUGCUCAGCACGAUGUCCAGGAUUCGAGGACAGGGAAAGUGGACGGGUUACCCGCAGACAGAGGGCAUGCUGGGAGACUGUAUGUUGCGCUACGGCCAGGAGCUGGGAGCUGCUUCUGAAUUCGCCGGCGCUCUGACUGAUGUGGGUGACGCUCUGCAGCAGGUUGCUCAGGCCAGGGACGUUCUGGAUGUCAACGUCAAACGCACCUUCAUCGACCCUCUGCAGGACCUCCACGACACGGAGCUGAAGGAGAUCAGGUACCAGCUGAAGAAGCUGAAUGGCCGUCGGCUGGACUUCGACUACAAGAGGAGACGGAGAGGGAAAGUCCCAGCGGAGGAGGUCCGACAGGCCUGGAACAAGUUCAUCACCUCCAAAGAGCAGGCGGAGAGGAGUAUGUUCGUCCUGCUGCAGAGCGACGUCGAUCAGCUCGGUCAUCUGGCCGCUCUGAUCGCUGCGCUGCUGGACUUUCACCGCAACGCCCACCGCGUCCUGCUGGGUCUGCAUGGCAACCUGCAGGCAAAGCUGAUGGCUGCCAGUAACAAACCAGAGCGACAGUUCAGGCCCAAAAAGAUCAGAGUCAGACGUGAACGCAACGGCAGCAUCGGAUGUUACCACCAACCGUCUAUCACGCAGACAGUUUCCUUAGGUGAGCAGUUCACAGUGUUACCGUCCAGACCCGGCAGUCCCAUCUCCUGUUACGCUGACAGUAAGCUGGUCCUGGAUCAGCCCUGUUGCCGGGCUAUGUACUCCUUCCACCCGAACCACGAGGGCGAGCUGGACUUCAACGAGGGCGACGUCAUCGUCCUCACCAAUCAGGUUGACGCCAACUGGUACGAGGGCACGCUCGCCGGCCAAUCGGGACUGUUCCCCGUCAGCUACGUGGACGUGCUGGUGCCUCUGCCGUUACCAUGACAGCAUAUCCAACAUCCACGGAUCUGAUGUUCGCUCAGCAGCAGGAGCGUGCAGUUGAUAAUAUGCAACUUUUCAGCUUCUUAUUUGCACUUUUUAACGGACGAAUCAGCAGGCGACAGGAAAAGAAGGCCAUAGUUUCUACUGUAGAGCACUUUAGUUUCUGAGCUCUUGUUAUUCUAUAAUACGGAAGCCCUAGGAGGCCAUACAUAUAAUGAUAACAUGUUAAUUUAAUUUGUUGAGUUAUUUAUGUCAUUUUCUCAGAAUAUAAAAUGUUGUUUUCACAAGAUGACGGGAUCAUUUUCUUGAGAUCUCGAGAAAUCACAUAUUUUUUCUAUCCCUCAUCAACAAAUUAAUUACGAAGAGAUCGUUGCACAUGCUAACAAUAAAGCACAUUAGCGUGCGUCACCCAGGGAGAUAUAGCAAAGCUUUAUCGGCUACAGCUUUAUCUGCGGCGUAUCACAUUUAAUUCAUUAUUGUUUUCUCAAGAUCUCAAAUUAUUUAUGUUGGAAAAACAAAGUUUUGUUAUCACGAGAUCUUUGAAAAAAUUAUCCUGUUAUCUCGGGACAACCCGUUCUCACUCCCUGAUUCGUCACAUAUGGCCAUAGUUAUCAGUUUGUAACGCACUUGGGAUCCCUUUACCGUCACAGUUCAACGCAGUGGUGGAAGCACUGUAGCGUCAGUUUUUGAUGGUAAAGGUAGGAAUAAGAUAUUUAACAGAAAAGACAGAGUAAGGACAUGGUUGGGGGGGUGGAUGGAGGGCCAGAAUCUGGACUUUGAAACAGGAGACCGUUUGUGUCCCGUGUGAAACAAAAAGUCAACAUUAAAUAUUUUUAUUUAGGCAAGUUACGUAAAUUGACGUAAGUGACGCUAGUUAACUUCCGUGUUAACUGACGUACGUAGUGAUUUUAACCCAAACCAGGAUCUUUUCCGAACCUUAUCCAAGUAGUUUUUGUGCCUAAACCUAACCAAACUGCAAAGUUUCACGACUUUAAUAACGCGCUGUUUCAAAAUGGUGAUGUUUCGAAAUACUAGCAUUUUAUUUUGAAAGUUUUUGCAUAUUUAUUGUUGCUAACUUUUGUUUGUUAAAAUGAUAAAAUAAAUGAUGCAAAAGGGGUUUGUUAGGUUGUUAAAAGUCGACGGCAAAGGCCCUUGACCAAGUGUCAAUAUGUGACGAGAGUGAGAAC